AUGUACAAUCUAGUGUCUCCCAUGGACUACGGGGACUCGCUGCGGUCUAGUAACGUGCGUCGGCGCCGUAACAAAGCGGUACGCAUGUUUCUAACAGACAACUUGGCACUUCCAGCCUUGAAAAUUUUCGGUCGUGUAGCUUGGAAUCUCAUUCAAAGUCAUUACGUUGACUAUUUCAAAGACGAGAUGUUCGCGCAGCGUUUAAAGACUAUGAACGCUAGUGAGAUGAUACGAGAAUUUAACCUCACACUCCCAAUAGAGGCGAUCGAAGAGAUACAAGAUGAAGAUAGCCGACUAAACACAACGCAGGCAUACGAGUAUGAUGGAGAAAAAAAGCGAGCUCAAUUAUACAGACAGUACCCGCAGCUUUUGAACCAUACGAGAAUUACUCGAACCAGUUUUACACCCGAGCCGAUACUUUGCCGCCACCCACAUUUCCUGCCGACAGCUAUCCGUGGCUUUGGUCUUCGCAGCUUAACAUGA